UUAAUCAGUCCCACGCGACCGGCGGCGCGGGCGCACGUUUCAAUCCGCGUUCCAAUUUAACAAAAUGUUUACGGUUAAUCUUUUAUUUCUUUUCGCGUGUGUGUCCUCGGCUUUAGGCCAGGGGUCGAAACCCGUGGUGCGAGUCACCCAGGGAGUGCUCCAGGGGUCGUGGAAGGUCUCGACCAAGGGACGGCCGUAUGCCAGCUUUGAAGGAAUACCGUAUGCCAGGCCGCCGGUUGGAAAGUAUAGGUUCAGGGAGCCGCAACAUAUGAAGCCAUGGGCGGGAACGUGGGACGCGUCGAGGCCACUUUCUGAUUGUAUGCAGUACGAUCCCUUUGUGAAGAAAGUUGUAGGAUCUGAGAACUGCUUGUACGUCAACGUGCAUACGCCAAAGCUGAACGCCGGCGCCAACCUGCCGGUCCUGGUGUUCAUUCACGGGGGCGCCUUCAUGUACGGCGCUGGAGCCCUGUAUGAUGCCAGCAAUAUCAUGGACUGGGACAUGGUGGUCGUCACUUUGAACUAUAGGUUGGGGCCGCUAGGUUUCCUGAGUACUGGUGACGAGCAAGCCCCAGGCAACGCAGGCCUGAAGGACCAAUCGUUCGCGCUGCAGUGGGUCAAGAACAACAUCAUGAUGUUCGGGGGCAACCCGGAUAGUGUCACGCUCACUGGUUGCUCUGCGGGCGGGGCCAGUGUACACUACCAUUACCUUUCUCCGAUGUCCAAAGGUACAUUCGCUCGAGGUAUAGCCUACAGCGGCGCCGCCUUCGCGUCCUGGACUCACUCGGUGAAGCCUCUACAGAAGGCCAAGAGUCUGUCGGCCAUCGUGGGCUGCCCUACGAACACUAACCGGGAAAUGGUUGACUGCCUUAAGUACAGGCCCGCUGAGGUUGUGGUCGCAGCUCAGACUGAGAUGUUUGAGUUCCCAUACCAGCAGAUGUUCACGCCGUUCUCCCCAACCGUGGAACCGUCGGGCACCAGGGAUCCGUUCCUUACUCAGUACCCGUUCCACGCGGCACAGGCUGGGGCUAUGCAUAAAGUACCUCUCAUUACGUCUGUCACGUCUGAAGAGGGCCUCUACCCUGCUGCUACUUACCAAAUUUCACCCGACACUCUGGCCCACUUGGAAGCCAACUGGGACCAACUGGCCAGCAACAUCUUCGAGUACAACGAUACGUUGCCAGUCGACCAGCGCCCUGUAGUGGCGGCCAAGAUUAAGCAGCGGUACCUUGGAGGCAAGCCGGUUAGCCAGGAGACAUACGCCCAGUUAGUACAGGCUCUAGGAGACCGUCUGUUCUCCGUGGACGUGGGGAAGCUGGCGCAGAUUCACGCAACCAAGUCCGGGCAGCCCACUUACCUGUACCGCUACUCGUUCCGCGGCGAGAAAAGCUUGUCCAACAUGAUGGCGCAGAACAACAAGAAUUACGGAGUGAGCCACGCAGAUGACGUGUUCCACAUCUUCAAGUUCCCGAUGUUGUCCUCCGACAGCCCGGACGACAAGCAGAUGACGGAAGAACUGAUCGACAUGAUCUAUAGCUACUCCACCACUGGCAUCCCAAAGGUAUCCAACACGGCGCCAGCCUGGACGCCCGUGACCCCAGGGUCCCAGGAACUGAACUAUCUGGAAAUAGCCUCGCCAAAUAACUUCCUGAUGAAGACCAGCACCGACUUUGGACAGCGGUCCUUCUGGGACAGUCUAGGGUUCAUCGAGAACGAGAGAUACCACGUCAAUAUUAGGGAUGAACUUUAAAUUGUAUGUUUUAUCAAAAGGGGAUAUUACUGCACUGUUCUGCCGCCAGAGUGCAGCACUACCGCCUCUAGUAAACUCAUAGAGUAACUUAUACAUACUGUGCCUUAAACUGUUUUUUGACAAGUUUUCAAAGAAAAGGCAAUAAAAUAUGACAUUGAUGCGCCAAGGCGGUUGUUAACAAGAGCCUAUCGCGAAACGCAAAAAUCCAAAUUUAGUUAUCUGCCUCUUUAUCGCUCGAAUAUGCAAGAGUGGUAGAGAGGCAGAAACCGAGCCUUCGUUUAUCGUGUUUCACGAUAGGCCAUGUGAUUGACCACAGUGAUGUCAGUACUGUACUGUAACAGUGUAGGGACGACUGUACUUUUUUGUUUACUGUAUGUGCUAGUGGUGCUACCUACGCAGAGCUUUGCCUAAUAUUCCCUAUUUUAUCAUUGUGUAGGUAGUUUAUGUACUUAAGGUAAUAAAUAAAACUCUAGUUUGUGGUUGACAGAUAAUAUUCUACAUAUUUUUUUCUACUUUUAGGGAAACGUUUUAUUGAAAUAUAUAUAAAUUAUAUAAUAGUUUCGUUUUAUUUUUAAAUCAUCUGUCAAUCACAAACUACCUAUGUGAAUUUUACUUAAGUGUAAGGGCCGAAAUAAAUUUCUACAUUUC